ACCUGUUGCGCCGCGGACACAUGAUGAGGAACAAUGUUAGUGCCAUGCCCACUUAGGUUUGCCGCCUGUAUUUAACACACGUCACAAUAGUACCUGACUUGCCAACGUAUGUCGUCGCAGUCAUUUGUCUUGUGCGGAUCGCGUCGCGCGGAUGGUGUCCAUGGGUAACCAACAGCAAUGCCGGAUCAUUACCGCUACUGCGGCUCUGUUUCUGGCGGUCUGUGGCAUUCUCCUGCUCGUCGUACCUACUGAAGACGUCAAAGAGCCGCCAGAGUUUAUGUAUGGAAUAGUCCUGGAUGCUGGAUCCUCUCAUACUUCUAUGUUCAUCUACAAAUGGCCAGCAGACAAGCAGAACGGUACCGGCAUAGUCAGUCAACACAGCGAGUGUCAUGCCAAGGGAGGCGGAAUCUCCAGUUAUGCUGGCAACAGAGGAGGAGCAGCCCUUAGUCUUGAGGAAUGCAUGGAACAAGCCAUGCAGGAGAUCCCAAAGUCAAGACACAAACUCACCCCUUUGUAUCUCGGGGCCACAGCAGGCAUGAGACUACUGAAUAUUUCUAAACCCAAAGAGUCAGAUAUGGUUUUGAAGGAAGUGGCAGACAAACUGAAGACCUACCCAUUCAGCUUCAAAGGGGCCACCAUCUUAAGUGGACAAGAAGAGGGAGCUUAUGGAUGGGUCACAGUCAACUACCUGCUUGAGAAUUACAUAAAGUAUGGUUUUGUGGGUCAAUGGCUGUCUCCAGGCAGAGACACGGUUGGUGCUCUAGACUUUGGUGGAGCUUCUACUCAGAUCACCUUUGAAACUAAACAGACGGUGGAGAACAAGGACAAUCUGAUGAAACUGCGGCUGUACGGACGAGACUAUCAGAUUUACACUCAGAGCUUUCUGUGUUAUGGGAGAGACCAGGUGUUACUCAAACUGCUGGCACUUCUGAUGAAGACUCAGGGUUCAGACCGCUCCAUAGUUCACCCCUGCUAUCCCGCAGGUUACAGUGAUUCCAUAAAGCUGAGCAGUGUGUUUGAUACUCCAUGCAAUAAAAGACAAACUCCGUAUAAACCUGAUGACGACCUGCAAAUCAAAGGCACAGGAAACUACGAUCAAUGCCUGGGAAACGUUUCUCGUCUUUUCUCUUUUAACAACUGUUCUUAUUCCAGAUGCUCUUUUGAUGGAGUCUUCCAGCCCAACAUUACUGGAAACUUUAUGGCAUUUUCUGCAUUUUUCUACACCCAUUCCUUUCUUCAGGAAGCAACAGGCAUCAGCAUCACAUCCCCAGAACAUUUAGAGGACGCUACCCAUGUUGUCUGCAACAUGAGCUUUCAGGAGAUCACAAAUAAAGUUCAGGGUCAGGAAAGCCGUUUGAAGGACUACUGCACAGUUUCAGCCUUUGUGCAGGUGCUCCUGGACAGUGGAUAUGGCUUUGAUUUUUUCUCCUUCCCGCACAUCUCCUUCCAGAAGAAGGCGGGAGACACAUCUGUUGGCUGGUCCCUUGGCUUCAUGCUAAGCCUAAGUAACCUGCUGCCUGCUGAAAAUGUUUUACUGAGGAAAUCACUGCGCUCAGGCGCCUGGAGUGCUCUGAUCGUCCUCUUUUGCUUCCUUCUUAUUGUGGCGCUAUAUUUUUUGUUGCGAGCCAUCCGUAAGAAAGAUACUGAUAAUGUAAUUUAAUGAUGAUAGAGUUAUUUUGCUCCCUAUGUACAUUAUGCACUGCCCUUAGCAGGAAUGCUUCUGUUUACAGUACAUUGAAAACAACACGGAUGCAGAAAAUACUUUUUGUAUCACAUUUCAUCAAACCUAUCUCAUUUCAAUCACCAAUUUCUUAUCAAGCA